AUGUCAAACAUUCUUUCCAAUCCAAUUAAUCGUAAACUUAGGGCUACCCAGGUUGAUUUGUCCUCUCUGGGAAUUACCGAAGUUAAACGUGGAUCAGGUCAAGGAACUUGCGCUUUUACAAUUGAUAAU